GAAACUCAGGGUUAACAAAAGGUUUAGUUAUAUUGCGUGGCAUGGCCAAGUGCGUCAAUAAUUUAAAUAUAUGUAAUUAAUAUCGAUUAUAUUAUUUUAAUUAUAGUGUUGUGUUAACAAGGAUAGGCGAAUUCAGUGGAUAAACUAGUCAAAAGUUUAUUAUUACAAACUAGUUUUAAAUCAAGUUCAUUCAAAGUUUUUAAUCGCGAAAGGGUGAACGUGUUUAGAUUGACGUCAAUUUAUUUGUUUGUGUCAACGAGAAACUUUGCAUAGUACAUUCGCUCCAAGAUGAAACAUAAUGACGAAAAAUGUAAAAAAUGUACAACACAGAGUUAUUGUAAGCUAUCUAUCUGCACAACAGUCGGCUUCGCAUUUUUGGGCCUAUCCGUUUUGAUCUGUUUCAUCAACCCUGCGCACAUAAUGUCUACAUACGUACUACGUCUAACAGAGGGUUCUUACCUCUACGAAAUUUUACACGAAGAGAUACCUUGUGUAUAUCUGCAUAUUUAUAUAUUCAAUAUAACUAAUGGAGACGCUUUCUUAUCGGGAAAGGAUAACAAGCUAAGAGUGCAAGAAGUUGGACCGUUUACAUAUCAAGAAUUUCGCAAGAAUGAAGAUAUGGAGCUGGAUAAAGAAAACGGCGUUUUGAGAUAUUCCCCAAAAUUCAGAACUGAGUUUAUAAGAGAAAUGUCCAUAGCGGAUCCCAAAGACGUUGUAUUGCAGUUGCCUAAUAUUCCUAUGUUGACACUGGCAACACGGCUAUCUACAAAUCCUUUCACCCAGUACGGCUACAACCUGCUCAUCACCCAAAUGAACAGCAAGGCCAUCAUGACCCUGGAUGUUCAAAGCUACCUCUGGGGUUGGGACGAUCCUAUCAUCAAAAUGUUCAACUCCUUCAUCCCUGGUAUGAUCAACUUCACCAAACUGGGCUUGUUGGACAGGCUGUACGAAAAUGAACGAUCCAGAAUUGAAUUAUCGACAGAGGAGCAAGACAAAUUUAAAAUCAGGAAAUAUAAUGGAGAGGCGGGUCUCAGUAUGCAUGGUUACGGCACAGAAAAACAAAGUCGCUGCAACACCUUCGAGGACGUGUACGAAGGUAUCGGCUACCCCACCGACCUGACGAAGGAGAAACCUCUGCGAAUCUUCCGCUACGCCUUCUGCAGGAUCAUGGACCUGCAGUACCAGAGCAGCAGGACCAUGGAGAACGGUGCUGAGGGCUUCGUGUACAAGUUCAGUAAUGAGACUUUCAGUGCGAACGAGGAUAAUCAAUGUGUGUGCACUAUGCCCAAGUGUAUUGAAGGAUUGUCCAAUCUUGCACCGUGUUUUUAUGAUGCUAGCACGGGCUUGUCUAUGGGACAUUACCUGCACGCUGACCCCAAACUGUACGAGCGGGUUGAAGGAAUCAAGCCUAAUGAAGAGGAACAUGACAGCGAGUUUGUUAUUGAUUCGAAACUCGGUAUAGUAUUAUCAACUCACUUUUCUCUGCAAGGCAACUUGAUCAUCACCGAUGUCCGCUAUAACUCUGCCACCAGACCGUUCUCUAACAUGAUAGUGCCUACUAUACGUUUUCAUAUUGUACAACCAGAUCUAAUACCAUACGUUAAUAAAAUUAUCUGGUUCGAGUAUAUUCUCGGACCCUACUUGCGCACCGUACCAGCAACUGUGUUCUUCAGCCUUGGUUUCUCUAUAGUUAUACUAGUAGUAAGGUCCUGUUUAAGUCUACGUUCCAAACGAGGUCUGGUCUAUAAAUUAAGCACAACUGUACCACUUAUUGAAGACAAAUCUGACGAUUUAUCAAAGAGUGAUCAAUGUCGGUAGCGUUUAAUAACUAUUGUUAUAUUGUAGAUAAAUUUUAGGUGCCUAUUGCAAUUAUUUAUAAAAGAAUAUCUUUAUUAAAUACUAUAAAUAAAAUAUCUAUAUUUUAUACAGGCCUAUAUGUUGUAUGUAUGUAAUGUGUACUAUAUAAUACAUAUAUGUAAUAGUAAUAUAGGGUUAGGGGAUUUACUCGUGGAAUUUGCUCCGUUGCAGGCGUGAUAACAGAUGAAUAAAAAGAUUUUCGCAUUUAUAAUAUAAGUAGAUACUUAGUUUGUUAAUUUUGUGUCUAGUAAAUAAUGAAAUGUAAUACAAUUCAUGAAGAUGUGAUAUUAUUUUAAUUAAG